GGCGGCCGGAGCGCAGUGCUGUCGCCGCUCCGCCUCCCCGGCCCCGCGCCCGGUGCAUCUCUGCCGCGUUUCUUUGUCUCCCUCCCCGCUCGCGGGCGUGAGCAUCCGCGGUGUACGGAGCUGCAGUCUCAAGAUGGCUGAUGGCAACGAGGAGCUGCGGGCGGACGACCCACCGGGGCCGGCCUUCGAGGGCUGCGAGGCCGCGGAGCUCGCCUGCCCAGCCGAGCGCAGCGGCCACGUCGCCGUCAGCGACGGGCGCCACAUGUUCGUCUGGGGCGGCUACAAGAGUAAUCAAGUCAGAGGAUUAUAUGAUUUUUAUCUGCCUAGAGAAGAACUAUGGAUCUACAACAUGGAGACUGGAAGAUGGAAGAAAAUUAACACUGAAGGUGAUGUUCCACCUUCAAUGUCAGGCAGCUGUGCUGUGUGUGUGGACAGGGUGCUGUACUUGUUUGGAGGACACCAUUCGAGAGGCAACACAAAUAAGUUCUACAUGCUGGAUUCAAGGAGUACAGACAGAGUGUUGCAGUGGGAAAGAAUUGAUUGCCAAGGAAUUCCUCCAUCAUCAAAGGACAAACUCGGUGUCUGGGUGUAUAAAAACAAGCUAAUAUUUUUUGGAGGGUAUGGAUAUUUACCUGAAGAGAAAGCAGUGGGAACGUUUGAAUUUGAUGAAACAUCCUUCUGGAACUCAAGUCAUCCAAGAGGAUGGAAUGAUCAUGUACAUAUUUUAGACACUGAAACAUUUACCUGGAGCCAACCUGUAACUACUGGUAAAGCACCUUCACCUCGUGCUGCUCAUGCUUGUGCAACUGUUGGAAAUAAAGGCUUUGUGUUUGGAGGCAGAUAUCGAGAUGCUAGAAUGAAUGAUCUUCACUGUCUCAACCUGGAUACAUGGGAAUGGAACGAGUUAAUUCCACAAGGCCUAUGCCCAGUUGGCCGAUCCUGGCACUCAUUCACACCAGUUUCGUCAGAUCAUCUUUUUCUCUUUGGAGGAUUUACCACCGAAAAACACCCACUAAGUGAUGCCUGGACUUACUGCAUCAGUAAAAACGAGUGGAGACAGUUUAACCAUCCCUAUGCUGAAAAACCAAGGUUGUGGCAUACAGCUUGUGCCAGUGAUGAAGGAGAAGUAAUUGUUUUUGGUGGGUGUGCCAACAACCUACUGGUCCACCACAGAGCUGCACACAGUAAUGAAAUACUUGUAUUUUCAGUUCAGCCCAAAUCUCUUGUACGAUGCCGAUACCUGAGCUGGAAUGAGGGGCCUGGACCCAAGGGCGCAAGAAUGGGGGAAAGUGCUUCUAUCUCUUCCCACUCAGGAGCAUUGGGGAGACAAGGUAGAGGGUGGAGGUGUGCGUUUGGGGAAGAGGAGGGGAAGACUCUCAGUGAUGCCCUGCUGCCUGUUAUAUUCUAAUUGUUCAAUCAUUUGGCAAGAGUGUAUUUUAAUAAUAGCCACCUAACUUCGGUGUCCUGUAUGAGAGGUGCCUGUCUAAAGUUGCCUUUUGAGAUUAAAAACAAAAGGUUACUUUCUCAUCCUUGUAACUAAAUUGUUUUUUUUUUUUUUGGUACCAGGGAUCGAACUCACUUGGGCUUGCGCAGCAGGCGUCGAAACCACUGAGCUAAAUCCCCGGCCCCCUUGUAACUAAAUUGUAAAAGUGCAUUCUCAUCUAUAAAAAUAAAGAUAAUGAGGAUGAUGAUAUGACAAAUGCUAAAAUUUGCCACACAAAGGCAAAGCUUUCCUUAUAACAGAUUUCAUAUAGGAAAUCAGUUUCUCUUCUGAAAAUAUUUGUAGAUGGUUCUCAAACCUGUCUCCAUAAUCCACUGGCAAGUCAGGGAUAUUUUUCACCUCCAUCAUUACCUCUUAUCAUGAAGCUUCCUGUUGUCAAAUAUUCUCCAGUUGGUGCUGUUUUAGAAACCUAAGGAACAUAAUAAUGUGUUACAUUCUGACCUUAAGAAAUACUCAGUUUUCUGCACUCAAGAGGAGAAAAAGGUCAUAUUUAAGUAAGCAAUACAAUGACCUGAAAAGUUUAUAAUUUACCGCAAAUUCUCAACACUGAAGGAUAGUUAUCCUUUAAAUGAUAGAUACACCUUUGGCAGCAACAAAGAAAUAACAAAGGGUCUACUACAUCAAUAAUUUUCAAAUGCCAUGGACUACAGCCAGAACUACUCCACUCCUUUCUUCCAGUAUGGGAUGUAAAUUAAUAAGGAUAUCACAAACUAUAAUAACUAAAAUAAAGCUAUAUUUAUUAAAUCCUUUUGAGAACUUUCUGGUAAUAAAAUAGCUUUUCGUUUCAA